AGUACGAACCGAAUCGUCAUAUUUUAUCAUUCGUCACAACCAUUUUGGUACUUGCAUUUUGCAGCUGACCUUUCGUGAGGCAGGCCAGUCAGUGCGAGUCUACACGAGUGCGUCUAGAAUGCAAUUUAAGUUGCACCUGCUAGCAGAAACCAUUAACAGAGUCUCGUUUCGAUAUCCUGCGAAAUUUCUCGGCACGACGUAGCAGCCAUUGGCUUGCGGAUAGGGGCGCAGUGACAUUCAGCUGAGAAGCAGUGGAGUUUUCUUUUUCUUUGCUUUUUUUUUCUUCGCUGGCUCUGUAAAUCUCAAAUUGGGUGGCAGAAGCCUAAAUGGCCGAAAUCAAAGCAAUGGAGCAUCCAUCAUUAAAGGUACCGUACGAAAUACUGAACAAGCGUUUUCGUAUCGCACAAAAAACGCUCGACCGUGAGCUGAGCCAGAUACAGAACGUGGCCUCGGAGCUGGAGAAGGGUCUGUCGGAGGGCACGGCCAGCUCGGAGAUUUCGCGCCUGCUGGGCGGCGUGGUCGAACGCCUGCAGGUGCUGAAGCGCAAGGCCGAGGAAAGCAUUUCGGAGGAACUGUCGGCCGGGUACGUGUGCAAGCGUCGGCUGGAGCACCUGAAGCAGAACGUGAACCCACCGGUGGACGCCACCACGCUGGAGCUGCAGGCCGCCGCAACGAGCCAGUGGAAGAAGAUCCGGCUCGAUCGCAUGAUCGUCGAACACUUUCUGCGUCUCGGCUACUACGACACGGCCGAACGGUUGGCCGAACGUAGCGGCAUCCGGGAUCUGACCAAUUUGGACAUUUUCCAAGUCACGCGCGAGGUGGAGCGCGACCUGGUGAACCAUUGCACGGCCAAGUGCAUCGCCUGGUGCAACGACAACAAGUCGAAGCUGAAGAAGAUCAACUCCACCAUCGAGUUCCAGCUGCGCGUGCAGGAGUUUGUCGAGCUGAUCCGCGAAGACAAGCGGCUGGUGGCGGUGCGCCACGCACAGAAGUACUUCCCGGCGUUCGAACACGAACAGCUGAAGGAGAUCCGCCAGUGCAUGGCACUGCUCGCUUUUCAGGUGAACACGGAGGUCGAACCGUACAAGACGUUGUUCGAUCCGCAGCGCUGGAACGAUCUGGUGCUGCACUUCCGGCUCGAAAACUAUCGCCUGUUUCAGCUGCCGUCUCAGUCGGUGCUGAGUGUGGCGGUACAGGCCGGCAUUUCGGCCCUGAAGACACCGCAGUGCUACUCGUACACCUCGAAAAACAUGAACUGUCCCGUGUGCCAGGAGAACGUGAACGAGAUUGCCGAGAACCUGCCCUUCUCACACUGUGCCCAGAGUCGACUGAUUUGCAGAAUUACAGGCAAACCGCUGAACGAACACAACCUACCGAUGAUGCUGCCGAACGGGCAGAUCUUUGGCCAGCAGGCGAUCGAACAGAUGCGGCGCGAAAACGACAUUCUCGUUUGCCCGAAAACGAACGAAUCGUUCCGUGCGCCAAAGAUCGAGAAAGUCUUCGUCAUGUAGUAGCUUUACGCAUGGCAAGCAACGCUCUGAUGAACAACCCACAUUCUCAUUCGGCCUCGGCUUCUGGAAACCCUUCCGGCGGUGGUAGUCCCUAGUGGUAGGACUGUUCCCGUCUCUAAAUUCCGCAACACCUCUCACGAACACGUCGUCGGUUUUCUGUUCAGCUUCACAAUUGUCGGUUGUUUUUUUCCCAGACGUUCACCAUUCUUUUCACAAUCCUCUCUGUCAAUCACAGCUUCUAGGUUUACGUGGCUUUUAUUUUAUGGUUUGCUGUUUGAGAUUAUUACUUGUUGAAUUGUGAUUGAUUUUUUUCGCAAACGUUUGAUACUUCAGCUGAAAGGUAGAGGCCAAAAGUAAUUUUUAUUUCUAUUUCUUAAAACAUUUGAACACGCCUUUUCUUAGAGUUAAGUUUGCCAUUUAAAACAAGCGGCGCGAAAGGAUUCGCCAGCGAAAGAUUGUUUG